AUGGCUGAUGCAUACGAGCCACUGAAUGGCUCUGAGAUGAUGGAACUCAGCCGCAUGUUUGCCCGUGCUGCGGUGAACAAACAGCUGAAUGAUCCAGUGCUUAGGAAGCAUUUGCUCCCAUGUCGUGUACACGUGGCCAGCUUGCUUUCAGAGCUAGACCCCCAUGGUCUUUUGCCGACCGGAUCUAUGUCCGAUGCCUCGAAGCGUGGCCGUGACCUCGAUUGGGAUGUGAUCGAGGAGUUGGUUGAAGAAGGAAUCCCAAGGGAUGUAGCCGAGGCUGGUCACAUUGACCAUGGAGAAGGGAAGAAGUUGCCGAGCGAUGUCGCCUCCUUUGAAGAGUGGGGAAAGACCAAAGUCACCAUGAAGAAGUAUGCCAACCAUGGCUACACCUUCAAGAGCGUCGUGAAGGCCAGCUACACGGAUUCUGAAGUGACCCAGUACCUGAGCUGGAUCCUCAAGACCUAUGCUGGAAAGUCGAUUAGCUCGCAAGGUCCUGACUUGGCCGCCUACUUGGAGUACAUGGAUUGGCACCCGAAAGUGUUUGCCAAGCCCUCGGGAUACAAGAGGGAGGUUGAAGACUAUGAAUUCCGCUUCCCGCUGCCGUUGGCUGUGCCUCUACAAGGGGCCCCUUGGUAG